AUAUAUCGGAAGCACCAUGAGUGACAGGGUCAAGCUGCUUGGUGAACUGGAGGAAGACGCAUGGAACUUUACUGCCUUGCUAAACUCAACUGCCUUGAAUUCCACGCUGUACGACAGCGAGAGGAACAUCACCUACUCUCCGUACUACCAGCACUCCCCACCGGUGGCUGCGAUCUACAUCGCGUCGUACCUCUUCAUUUUCCUGCUCUGCAUGGUCGGGAACGCCCUGGUGUGCUUGAUUGUUAUGAAGAACAAGCGCAUGCGCACGGUGACUAACCUCUUCAUCUUCAACCUGGCGAUCAGCGACCUCCUCGUCGGGAUAUUCUGCAUUCCAACUACCCUGGUGGACAAUUUAAUUACAGGCUGGCCCUACAGCAAUGUGGUGUGUAAGCUGAGUGGGCUGGUGCAGGGAACCUCCGUCUCUGCCUCUGUCUUCACCCUGGUGGCCAUCGCUGUGGACAGAUUUCGCUGCAUUGUGCACCCGUUCAAGCCCAAGAUCACCCUGCUGGAGACUGGCAUCGCCGUGGUGAUCAUCUGGGUGCUGGCCGUGGCAAUCAUGUGCCCUUCGGCGGUCAUGCUGACUGUGAGUCAGGUGCAAGACCACUACAUGGUCUACAACCAUGACUACAAUUACACCUACCCCCUGUUCUCCUGCUUCGAGGACUGGCCAGACAAGCAGAUGCGCAGGAUCUACACCACCGUCCUGUUCGGCCACAUCUACCUGGCGCCGCUGACCCUCAUCGUGGUGAUGUACAGCCGCAUCGGGGUCAAGCUCUACAAGUCCUCAGUGCCCGUGAGCAGCAGCGUCGCGCUGGGACCCCACCAGCCCCAUGCCGAGGGCAGGAACGUGGUCCCCAGGAAGAAAAUCAAAGUCAUCAAGAUGCUGAUCACGGUGGCUCUGCUCUUCAUGCUCUCCUGGCUGCCUCUCUGGACCCUGAUGCUGCUGACCGACUACGCCAGCCAGACGGACGAGCAGCUCAGCCUCCUCACGGGCUACAUCUUUCCCUUCGCACACUGGCUGGCCUUCUCCAACAGCAGUGUCAACCCCAUCAUCUACGGCUACUUCAACAAGAACUUCAAGAGGGGCUUCCAAAAUGCUUUCCACUUCCAGUGGUGCUCCGAGAGGGCGGAGCCCCGGGAAGGUUAUUGCCACAGGGUAACCGCCAGGAACGUGGGGAACUUUGGAGUGCGAAACAAGGUCUACACCGACAGGGAUUGCAGUGAUUCCGACUGCCUGACGAAGGAGAGUAGGAUGGUGGCUGGGGGAGGAAGAGGAGGAGGAGGGGGAGGAGAGGGGGCGGCUGUGGCAUGUUCUGCACAGGUUCAUGGAGGAGCGUCCAGGGCACUGCAGCCGAUCUUAAAGCAGGGGCUGAACAUCGAGGAUAUUGAUAAAAUCACACCGCUGAGUAGCGCCGUCUGUCAGGCAUGGGAAGGGUAAAAAAAUGGAAAAAUCUGAAAUGCUAAGAUGCUGUUAAUAAGAGUGUAUGGACGGACGAUUCUGCAAGGGGUUUUAGACUGCUCUUGAGGGAUUCCUCCUCUGUCUUUAGACUGUUCUUGUGGAUUCCUCCGCUGUUUUAGUUUGUUCUUGAGGGAUUUCUCAGCUGUCUUUAGUACACUUAGGGACAGUGAUAACCAAGAUCUGCAGAAUAUUUAGAGAGCAUGUUUCUGGUGAAACCGCGUCACUAAUUUGGUUUAGAAUAUACCGAUACAAUACCAUUUUCUGUCUGAGCUCACUUCUCAACACCAGUACAGACCGAUAUUGUUGCGAUAUACAUGUCCACGUGUAGGCUGGUUUACACCGUUACAGAUAUUCCAUUACACAAGAUACUCCACUCCACUGCUUCUCUAUGGGGACCUCUGUCACGCUGCACGCACUGGGUUGUGGGAUAUAGAGCGUGCAGGAGAAGAGUUUCUAUGGAGCGAGCGGUGUCGGAUUGAGCAGUUAUGAGCUGAUUUUAUCUGUUUAAAAAUACAAAAAACUUAGAGUCUGUUUUACUCUUGCCCAGGAGGUCUUGACGAAACACACAACCCGUGGCAAUGAUGAAACACCGUAAUUUAUAUGAAAAAUGCACUUUUCUAAGCGCAGUGCCAGAGAUGCCCCAUGUGCCAGAAGUGGAGCAUUUCACCCAGUCCUAGAGGGGACAGGUGCAAUUAUAAAACUUGGAUUUGUUGGUAAAAUGUCAGUGUUUAUAUGUUUUCAGUUUUUAAACAUUUAUUCAAAUUAGACUGAUCACUUACCACUGCAACAUAUCUGUAAAAAUAUAUAUGUAAUCUGCGGGAGCUUGCGAAUUCCCGAUUCUGUUAUCCACAGACUUGGACUGCCUCUAGCAACGAAUGUGUGUGGCAACGUAAAAGCUGAUUGCCAGUUUCUUACACUACACUUCAGUAAGCAACUUUUCAAACUACUGCAUUCAUGUCACCUGAAGAUACUUAGCGAUAUUGCAAAGCAGACUCUACAAGUACUCAACGAUCUCCGAAACGUGAAUGGAUAGCCACAAAAUAAUAUUUGAGGAAGAAAGAAAACAGGGAAGCUGGAACUAUCAUCUCGUUUCCACAGUUAGAGCUGAGCUGGUCAGUCCACCAGGUGGAGUUAAAGAUGUCUGUCUGCUUUCCAGUGUGAUCAGGUCAGGCAUAGCUGACCUAGGAUGUAGCAGUGCGACAGUAAAGGGUCACAUUGUUAUUCUCUCUGAUCUUGUGUUCAUUUUUCAAUUUUUAAAUCUCGACACUGAAUAACUCUGUCGGGUUUGUUUUCAACACAACCUUCGCUUAAAGCAGUUUGCCUCUUUAGCACACUUCAGUCUUUCAAUGGCGUGCUUUGGCACAGCACAGUUUGGCCCCGUUAGAGAUGAGAUACGAAACUGCAUGGUCUGAGCAUCAGUGAAAACCCCCUCCAGCCACACCUUGCCCACACCAGCCAGCUGAGCCAGACCCGGGGACAGGCAGUGGAAACGAGGCAUAUGUGACCCAAUCUGGACAGAUCUGUUAAAGACACUUGGAAAGGGUUUAUAUCAAUCAGUGCGGUUCACCAUUGCAAAAACCAAGCCCGAUAAGGCAAAGGUAAAACGAAAAGCAAAAUGUUUCAUUUCUCAUUUCUCCUGCAGAACACUUUUAUCACUGAGCUUGAGUAGCGGAUUGCUCACUGAAAUGCAUGCACUUCAAGACAGCUAUUAAAGCAGAGGCUGAUUUGCUCGGAAGGUGAACAUGUAUGGAUAUAUAAUGAAACACUGUUCCACUUUAAUGCAUCCUCUGUGCUCUGAUUAAACAUAGGCCAGAAAGUAAUUACGCAUGAAUUAUUGAUUACCAAUUUUCUAUCCUGCGUGGGUUUGAAAGCUCUGUUGAGAGAGCGGAAAAAGCUUGUUAUUUAGUCCGGCUUGAAAGAGCCCAUGGACUGCAAUUGACUGAGAGACCUCUGAAAGGUAAGGUGAUGAGGACGGCAGCCAGAAAUCUCUCUCUGUCACUCCUACGCCCCCCCCCC